AAAACUAAGCUUUUGAAGUUUCAAGUUUCUUCCUUCUACAUCAAAGAAACCUUUUUUUUUUUUUGGGGGGGGGAUUUUGGUUUUUGGUUUUGGAGUAUAAGAAAAUAAAAAAGGGAAAAUGGGGAGUGGUUCAUCACCAUGUGCGUCCUGCAAACUGCUAAGGCGGCGAUGCGCAAAGGACUGCAUCUUUGCGCCUUACUUCCCUUCGGAUGAUCCUCACAAGUUCGCCAUUGUUCACAAAGUCUUCGGUGCCAGCAAUGUUAGCAAAAUGUUGCAGGAGCUACCGGUUCAGCAGAGAGCAGAUGCGGUAAGUAGUUUAGUAUACGAAGCAAAUGCAAGAGUGAGGGACCCUGUAUACGGAUGCGUUGGGGCCAUAUCCUACCUUCAAAACCAAGUGUCGCAAUUGCAGAUGCAGCUGGCGGUGGCUCAGACCGAGAUACUUUGCAUUCAAAUGCAGCACCACCAGGAUGACUCGGCCUUGGCCUUGCCUACUCAAAUGCAACACCAUGAUGAUGAUGAUUACAAGCCUUUCCUUUUACCCACUACUCAUAACUUAGAUAACAUCUCCCAAUACAUCAAUUUCGCUUCUUCUAGCAAUGUAAUCCAAGACCCUGCUGCAACUGUCAAGAGAGAGUCCCUUUGGACUUAAAUAAAUAAAGUUAGCUCCUUUUGCCUUUCUAAAAUGAAA